AUGGUUACAAUAUGCGGACACAUAAUUUGUAGAGAUUUUGCGAUGAGGAGAAAAAUGCUGCGAAUAAAAAUAGAAACUGAUAAACCCAGAAGAAUAGCGGCACCUUUGGAACCUGAAAGCAGCAUACGCUAUGACAUGCAUCUUAUUAUUUAA